UUGGUCUCUGAUCGGGUUUUGUGUCCUCUGAGGUCCGGCUGAGUCCAGCGGCUCCGCUGCGGUCCGGUUCGGGUCCAUAUGAGCGCAGCCUUCGGUUCUUCAGCCUUCAUGGUGAUGCAGCGGCCGCUCGGAACCAGAACCGCCUUCAGCAUCGACUCCCUGAUCGGGGGGCCCCCGCAGCCCGGACCGGGGCCCCUGGUCUACACCGGGUACCCCAUGUUCGUCCCGUACCGGUCCGUGGUUCUGCAGCCGGGCCCGCCGGGCCUGCAGUCGGCCCUGCACCCCCCCCACCCGCAGAUCCCGAACCUGCAGGGCGGGUUCUGCUCCGGCCUGGCCCAGAACCUGGGUCUGGGCUCCGUGAUGGCCUCCCUGCCCGGCGGGUUCUCCCCGGCCCAGCAGCACCACGAGGUCCGGAAGUUCGGUUCCCAGACUCUGCGGGACCUGCGUCUGGACCCGGAGGACGGGAAGAGCUUCCUGCCGGGGACAGAGUCCGGCCUGUUCCACGAGUCGGAACCACCGGUCCAAACGUCCACAGGUCGAAGCGCGGACCAUGAGGACCGGAAGGACGAGGACCUGGGCCGGAAGGAGGACUCCUUCUCGGUGGCGGACAGCGACCUGGACUACAGUUCUGACGAGAACCCGGUCUCCCUGAGCCACAAGGAGGACCCGGAGGUCCCGGAAGAGGGGGCCCCUGCGGCCGGGCCCCCCGGGGGCCCCCCCGGCUCCUCCGGGAAGAACCGGCGCCGCAGGACGGCCUUCACGAGCGAGCAGCUCCUGGAGCUGGAGAAGGAGUUCCACUGCAAGAAGUACCUGUCGCUCACUGAGAGGUCGCACAUCGCGCACGCGCUCAAGCUCAGCGAGGUCCAGGUCAAGAUCUGGUUCCAGAACCGGCGCGCCAAGUGGAAGCGGGUCAAGGCCGGGAACGUGAACAACAAGUCCGGGGAGCCGAGCCGGAACCCCAAGAUCGUGGUUCCGAUCCCGGUCCACGUGAGCCGCUUCGCCAUCCGGAGCCAGCACCAGCAGAUGGAGCAGAACCGGCCCUGAGCCGGGCCGGAGCCGAACCUUCGGACUUGACCAGAACUGAUCAGUGAGCUUUUACAGAACAUUCUGCUCCGGUCCGACCAGAACCAGAAACAGAACCGGAACCGUUUGUAAAAAAAAAAAAGAAACAUUAAAUAAUUUAAAAAAAGGUCCGACCUGCGAGUUUUGGACCGGAACCGGCAGGGACGUGGAUCAGAACUGCGCCUGGAGCCAUCGUGUGAAAAUAACUCCCGCCUGGACCGAACCGAACCGGGACCAGAACCGCCGAGUUUGUUUAUUUAUUUCUGUCAAAUCUGAUUAAAGAUCAAAGGAGCCGACUGUUUGUUUGUUUGUAAAUUAAUGAUCCUCAAUAUUUAUUUUUAUUAA